AUCACUUUCAGUUUACCGGAAGUUCAAAGAAUUCUCAGCUUCUCAGAAACUGAUAACCGAACAGUAAUUUCAAAAAGAAACUGCUGAUAAGAAAAAAUUCCUCGCUUUCGUGUUAGUUGUAUUCGAAGCGCCGAAGAUGAAGCACAUUCCGAGCUUACUCUUCUGUUGCAUUAUCGGGGGAACAUUUUUCCAAGAAUCUACUGCAUUUUUGGAACCAAUUUGUGGGGUUUACCCCUAUAGAAGUCGAAUAUAUGGCGGCAGUCAGGCAGGAUUGAGUUCAGCCCCGUGGAUGGCAUUUUUACAUGACCAGUCCCAGUUUAUUUGUGGCGGUUCACUUAUUACGAAAGUUUUUGUUCUAACGGCUGCCCACUGCGUUAUUCCCACUCCCGAGAAAUUAUUAGUUCGAUUGGGCGAGAAUGAUUGGACCAGCGAACGAGAUUGCAUGAAUGGGUUUCACUGUGCUCCACCCCAUGAGGAGUACACAGUCAUACGGAUCUAUACCCAUCCGAAGUUCAUAUCGGUGCCAUCGCACGAUAUAGCCUUGCUGAAACUGCAUAAGCAAGUGCAGUACUCACCUGCCAUACGACCAAUAUGCAUAUUAAUGAUCGAGAAUAUGGAUAAUUUUUACUGGUUUGUGGAUUCGGUGAAGACGUUCACCCUGACUGGUUGGGGUGCCACGAGAUAUGAACCAGUUAGCCGUACCCUUCAAACAGUAAAACUACCUCAAAUCGAUCGGGGUGUAUGCCAUGAUCAAUAUGGAUAUUCCGUUGAUCAUACUAAUAUCUGUGCCGGGGAUAUUCAUAAUUUUGCCUGCACUGGAGAUUCUGGUAGUCCACUGGGAAUAAUGGUCUCAUAUGGUCACCGGAGCGUAUAUACUCAGAUUGGAAUUGUUAGCAGUGGAUCGGAACCCUGCAGCGGAGUCGCUGUCUUCACAAACAUCUUGAGUUUCACCCAUUGGAUUAAGAGGACCAUUGCAUAUGACACGAAGUAUAUGGCGCCUAAGAACUCGAAUCCUUUGAUUAAAUUAUAAACUUUGCUGAAAAAGUUAGUAGUACCAGACUUUCUUCCUUAUUAACUGCUUAAUUAAAGUUAAACAAUCAGUUAA